AUGCAAUCACGAAGUGCAAAAUUAGUUAGUGCUGCUUUACGCAACGAUAUUUCUGUAGCCAAGUGGUCUAUCGUGCCGUCAACAAGCAGUGGCAUUCAAAACUCGGUGCAAGCAUCAAGCUCGGAGCAUGUUGUGGUGCCGCACUCUUUGCUAGAUACAGGGUCUGAUUUUGAUUCUGAUUACUUAGUAUUGGAUAAAACUUACGAAUUACUAAAAGCACGGGAAAAAUCAGCGAUAGUGAUGGUUCUGACUCAGAAGACUUUAUACCAUGUUCGCAGCCAAUUUCAAAAAAAAAUAAUUUUAGAAUCACCGGAAUACUCAGAUGAAGAAACAACGGUACAACUGACUAAGAAAGGAACUAUUAGAAAGCGCAAAAAUUAUAACGUUAGCAUAAAGGAUCGAAAGAGACUGAAGACUGAGGAAAAAUAA